AGCUUGUGCAAGAACACCAGAAUAAUAUGAUGAUAAGUACCCAACACCACACCGAAUCAGAUCCUAAUUAUCCAUAUGUCAUCAAUGGAGAUUUGUCCAUGCAUGAGCAUAUACCAGGAAUAUACUUCCUUGGUUAUACUGAUGAAGAUGUUGAAAGUGCUAUGAAAUAUGGGCGGGGAAUUUUAGAACGCCUCAUCAUGGACACUGAUGAAGAAGACACAGACAAAGAAGGGCAAGAGGAUGCCAGUAACAAUUGCGGCCUCGAAGGCUGGAAGGUGCUCCUCACAGCUUUCGGCUUAUUUUUCACGCUUGCCCUAGUAGUUCGGUCCUCCAUCUCCUAGAAAAAGAAGCGACAGUAGUCCACAAGCCAUCCAUGAGUUUGUAAUUUUACUUCAUACAGACAUCUUUGGAUUCCCUCCUUGUUUUUAAGAUGUUUUCUGCCUUCAAACUUCGGGUUCACAGCUAAGCGCUUAACCGCUUGAGAUAUAAAAACCCUAGCAAUUAGAUAUCGAAGUUCAAAUAUGUUCAACAUCAUCAAAUAUUGCAUAGCUCAAAUGUGUUCAACAUCAUCAAAUACUGAAAUACAUCCAGCAUUAGCGAUGCUAUUUCGGCACCGUGGAAAGCAAAAACAUCCUAUUUGCUUAUAAAUGUCAAAGUUACAGAUCUUAA